AUGGACCAAAUCUACUCCAGCGCACAUGUAGUGAUUGCAGCAGAUACUGCUGAGGAUUGCUCUGAAGGGUUCCUGGGAACUUCUCACAUUCAACAACUUCGAGAAGUCACUGUUGAUUGGGACGGCGACACAUACAUCUGUCGAGAAAAGCCGAACGGCCAGCGUGACGAUCCUAGCUUUCUUCUAAGCCGAACACCACUCUCGCGGCGCGCUUGGACACUACAGGAAACGCUUCUUCCCAGUCGAGUUCUCCAUUACACAGGCACGGAGAUUGUCUUACGGCUUGGCGACACCUUCUAUUGCCAAUGUGGCGAGUGCAGAUUCCAUCACGUCGGCAUCAACCAGUCAGACUGGCACCAAAUUGUCUCCCACUAUUCCUUCCGCCAAAUGACCAAGCCCUCGGACAAGCUAAGUGCCUUAUCUGGACUAGCAGCUCGUAUGUCAGACGGAGAUAGGGAGUAUCUCGCAGGGUUGUGGUCAGACACAUUGGUCACAGAUCUCCUCUGGCACGUAACCGGAUCUGGACUUCAUGUGCGACCUGACCCCUGGAGGGCCCCGACGUGGUCCUGGGCCUCGAUUGAUGGAGGCAUCAGUUACUUCACUCGCUUCUCAUACUACGACUUUCUCCCCGCAUUGGAUAUCGUGCAAGCCGAGUGCUCAUGCACAAGUGUGAAUAUUUUCGGCCCGGUUUCCUCGGGAUUUAUUGACUUGAGAGGUAAGCUUGUCCCCGUCGAGAUGGUCAUCUUGGAUAAGCCCUUUAGCAAGCACCAAGGCGAGUACACUGGCGAAUGGGGACGAACAACCCGCGUCCAUCAAGGCCAGACAUCACUUGUACGAGGGUGGGGUACAGAUAUCUAUGAAGUUCUGUGUGACGAGCGCAUGGAGCAGACAGAUAGAAUGGGUGAAGAAGACAGCGAGACUUGGGCUCAGGGCAUAGUGGAUCGACAAGACCUAGGCGGGAUAGUGGCAAGUAAUAUCUACUGUCUGGAAGUUGGAACGAUUAUAGAUCGUGUAAUAGAUGUGGAUGGUUUCACUGCGCUAGGUCGGAGUUCUAGGGUCUGGUGGCUUGUGUUGAAGAAAGCGGAGAAAAGGGAUGAGUUCAAAAGAGUGGGAAUAGGUUAUAAAAGUAGCAAGGAUUUCAAGCGUGACUGUGACCUUUUCGAUUCUGCGGAAUGGAGUACAGUGCGUCUAGUAUAG